AUGAAGAUGACUACUAAAUCGCCUCCUGGCCACGUAAGACGACCAUGUCAAGAAGUCAUCAGUAAACUAUCGACUAUAUCGGAGGACACACUUACACCUUUGAAUGAACCUUUCCAAUAUCACGAUGCCGAUUUAGUAUUGUUUUCAUGUGAAGGAUUGAGUUUCAAGAUACACGGAUCUAAACUUGUUGGUUGUAGUAUACUAUUUCGAUCCACGGUGAACUUAUCUCUACCUACACCACCACCUUCACCUGGAUCUUCCCUCGAAUCCCAAUCCCAAUCUCGAUCCCAUUCCCAAUCCCUUCUUCCCGAAAUUCACUUGUCCGAGCCGACUUCCAAUGGGAUUACAAUAUCCUUAUUCCUCUAUCUCCUUUACUCCCUUUCUCUACCUGUCCCUACUCUACCUGUCUAUUUCCAAGCUUAUGAAUCGCUAAUAACGUUCUUGAAGAAAUGGGAAUGUGACAUCUUAUUAGAUAGGUUGGGAGAUGAAGUGAAGGUUUGGGUCGAAGACGGUUUCGUUUCCGCUAGUAAAGGGUUCAAGAUUGGUGAUUCAUUAAAGAAUGCGGAAUUGUGUUUGGAAAGUAUUAGAAAAGGUGGUGAAUACACUUGGUCAGGAAGAAUGGUCAAUGAUCCUUCAAGUCCAACGCCUAAGACCAAAAGAAAAGAUAGAAUUUCCACGUUGAGAAACGAAGCAUGUCCUUCACGUCCUUUUACUCCCACUAACCCCUCUUCUCCAAUACCAUUCGAUGUACUACGCGAUGGUAUUGCCGGAGCCUCAAGCCUGGAUCUCACAGCAGUCCCUUACGAGUAUUUCAUCUCACUUUCGGACGAGGUGAAGUUCGCUCUUCUUCGAGCUAGUCGAGUGGGUGAAUCAUCAAAACAAGAGAUGGAUUGGGGACAAGUAGCUGAUGAAUUUGAACGAGGCAUGAGCGACUUGCGUAAGUGGAUACAAGCUAAUCCAAUUGAGAUAUUUGGCUGA